GGCGGGCACGGUACCCCCGGGUCUAACGGAGGACCAGCUCUGGCGGGCAAAGUACAUCUAUGACUCGGCUUUCCACCCCGACACGGGCGAGAAGAUGCUCCUCGUAGGGCGCAUGUCCGCCCAGGUCCCCAUGAACAUGACCAUCACCGGUUGCAUGUUGACCUUCUACAGGACCACGCCGGCCGUGCUCUUCUGGCAGUGGGUCAACCAGUCCUUCAACGCCAUCGUCAACUACACCAACCGCAGCGGGGAUGCGCCCAUCACCCCCAGCCAGCUGGGGACAGCCUAUGUGAGCGCGACCACAGGGGCAGUUGUCACAGCGCUGGGGCUCAAAUCUCUCACCAAGGUAAGGUGACCCCUGACCACCCUGGCCGGGAUACCUGGACCCUUCCUGCCUUUUGCGGCCGUGGCUGCUGCCAACUGCAUCAACAUCCCGCUGAUGAGGCAGAGGGAGCUCAAGCUAGGCAUCCCCGUCACGGACGAGAAUGGGAACCGCCUGGGUGAGUCCACAGCUGCAGCCCAGAAGGCCAUUUUCCAGGUGGUAGUGUCCCGUAUCGGCAUGGCAGCCCCUGCCCCAGCCAUCCCACCGGUGAUCAUGAACGCUUUGGAGAAGAGAGCUUUCCUGAAGCGGUACCCGUACCUGAACGCUCCUCUGCAGGUCGGCCUGGUGGGACUCUGCUUGGUGUUCGCGACCCCACUCUGCUGCGCGCUCUUCCCACAGAAAAGCUCGAUGCCCGUGAGCCGCCUGGAGUCUGAAGUCCAAGCUCGGAUCCGGGAGAAAGACCCGCAUCUGGAGACCGUCUACUUCAACAAAGGGCUCUGA